UGGAACAAUUUAGACGGCAUAAAAUAUAGUUUUGAAAUGGAAUUGCGCAGUAAUAAAACGCAGGAAUUAAUAAAAGUGCUUAAGGCCGCCGGGGUGUAUGAAGAUGACAUGGAAAUAGAAGAAAUGCGUCAAGUGGCGCUGGCCAUGGAAUUAUCCGCCGAGUCAAACGACGCCGUCGAGAGUUGUGAUCUCGAACGCGCCCUUUUGGAAAGCGAGAUCGAUUUUCAAUUGAUGGUCAAUUCAACAAUGAUUGUUGAUCCGGCACCCACAUCCUCCUCGGAGUCUAUGGAAGUUUUUAACGGUGCAGACUUUGAUCGGGAUUGUGAGAGUCCGCCAAGUAACCCCGUUCACUUCGAAGUGCGUGCUGUGGUGCACCAUGAGCUCAACUGGAGUCCAACCUGCGCUGUCCGUCCCCCCAAGCGUCAGGCUAGCGACACCGCCUGCGAAACGAGCACAAAACGCAGACAGAACAGCGAAUUUAUUGAGAGACAAUCCGAGUCGAACGCCGAAGCCAUGUCCUUGAACAACGGCGACUCUGGAGUCAGUUGCAAUGAUGAGAUCGGAACGCUGUCCAGCAUUAGUGAGCACAGCACCAUGCCGUCGAUUGGUGAGAUGCCCAGUCGCCUCCUUAUCAGCACGAGCAGCGCAGCUGUGUCCGAGUUCUCGGAUCACAAUCAGAGCAGUCCCUAAUGUUAAGGAUUAAUGUGUAUCCUAACCAGUUGAAGCAAUCAACAGCAGCGCUGUGCCUUUAUUAAAUAAAUCAUUUAAGCAAGA